AUGUCGCUCAAUAAUAGUGCGUCGACUGUUCUCAAUUAUUAUGUUGACCCCGGUAAAGAUGGAGAUCAUUCCUUUUUUGAUGGCACAAUUAUCGAAUCGCGCAGAGAGUAUGCGGAAGUUCCAGUACAAGUUAUGGAUCUUCGGAGGCAAGAGCAGAGAUUCUCGCUUGACAGACAAGGAUUUCAACUGUUGAUGCAUCCAAGUAUUGAGAAGGACUUUGAUGACACAGCUCGGAUAAAGGAUGUCUACUACCGCGAGUGUGCAGAAGUUCUGCAGAAUAUAACUGGAGCUACACGCGUUCAUAUCAUGAGCCAUAUUGUUCGACGACAGUCAUGGGAAAAAGCCAUCGAAGAUGAGAAGCAUCUUCCUGAUAUGGAGCCUGUGAAGCAGCCCAGCACGGCGCGUUUUGUCCACGUUGAUCAAUCAUAUACUGGAGCUCGCGCACUGCUCGACUUGUAUCUCCCUGAAGAGUCGGAGAAACUCACCAAAACUCGUUGGGCCAUCGUCAACUUCUGGCGCCCGAUCCAAACUAUCAAUCGCGAGGCACUAUGCGUAUGCGAUGCCCAGUCCGUGUCUGAUCAAGAGCUGCGGGAACGGCCUCUCAAAAUGGCACCUCAGAAGUGUGAUGCUCCUGCAAUGGCCGACGUUUACAGGAUGGAUAACUCCAUGUGGUCGGUAGUUCCGCCCAAGUGUCCUGAGCAGCACAGAUGGUACUAUGCCUCACACAUGGUUCCUGAUGAGGCUUUAUGCUUGAAAAUAUUUGAUUCAAAGCUGGACGGCACGGCUAGGCGCACACCUCAUACUGCGUUUACGACAAAAGGUGAUUUCGGCCCGCCUCGCAACAGCCUGGAGACUAGAUGCUUUGUCUUUUGGGAGGAUCAGUCUUGUGAAUAG